AAAUAUAAAAAAUAUAAUUCAACAACAACAAUUAUGUUGAUACAUAAAAGUUUUAAUUUUUUCCUUUUAUGUCUAUUAAAUUUGGCAAAUAUUACCGAAUGUUUGAGAUGUUAUACAGGAUUUAGAAUAAUUCGAGGUCAAAGUUAUGGUGGUGGAGAGGUAGAAUGUAAUAGCAAUGAAUUAUGUUAUAAUGCUACAGCAGCUUCAGGGAAUGUUUUUGAUGCAGGCAAAGCUGGAUGUUCUCAAUAUAGGUAA